GGGUCUUAGUUUAUCCAGCUAGUCUCCAGGCAACAGUCAAAAUUUUGUAAUAAUUAUUAGAUUCAAACAAAUAAUCCCAAAUAGACAGUGACAAAAUUUAAAAACACCCAACUGGCAAGAGAAAACCAGUUGGCUAUUUAUGAGUAUGGCCGAGGUUUUAAACUCCAGACAACAAAAAUUAAUCCAGGAAAACUUGAGAACAAAUCGAGAAAGUGCCCAGAGCAGGACCUGAACCCAGAGCCGCCAGAUUACGAGUAAGACAUACUGAACACCUGCCUCCUCUGUAAUUCAGGGUCAAAAUAUUGCUUCAAUAUUAUUGAUGCCAACAUCAGCUAAUAUAAUAGUAUUGUAAGAAUGUUAGUGUUGAUCCAUUAAAGAGCAAGGCAUGGGGGAAAACUGAGAGAAAACAAGAUGACCUAGAAGUUCUAAUCUAAAUGGGUUUCUAAUAAAAAUACAAGAGGGUUAGCUUGAAAAGAAAAUAAUCUUUACAAAACACACAAUAGUCAUGGUAAAGCACAAAAAAAUUAUUUUUGCCGCAAAAUACUUUGUAGGUACUUAUUUUUCUUGGUAGGGGGCUGGAAAGAGGCUGAGAGGAUGGAAAAAACUUGGAGGUAGAAGGAGAAAAAUAUCUGAAAACUUUGCAUGAUAACUACUAAGAUUUCUCGCAGAAUUUCUUAAAUUUUACGAAGCCAUUAUAUAAAUUAGGUGCCAGUUUAGGCUGGUUUUUUGAGUGCAAACUUUGUCUCCAAUCCAUUCAUUUUUUGACCAAAAUUUCUGAAAAUGUUGGAAUUAACAACAUCACUGAUAGUUCAUCAAGGAAUCACUUUAAAUUUUGUUUUAAUACUAAAAGAUAUUUUGUUUUGCCACCCUAUCCAAGCACGGUUUGAGUUAAAGCUGUGUAUUAUGCUCAGUAGUCAAACUAAGGAUUCUCCCCCACAAGGCUCAUAACUACAAAGACUUGUACAGCAUAAUAAACAGUAACAAAGCAAAGUAUUAUUCAGUAGCUCUCAUUUGAAUUUUAAUUAUGGAUGUAUUAUUCUCGACUGGGGCAUAAGGGUUCAGAUGGCUCAAAGUUUACCUUAGCCCUAAAAAAUCUUCACUUUCUCAUCUUCACACUUAUCGUGCUUAUGGUACUCUCAAAAAACGUUUUGCUUUAACAGAGUCUUCUGGCUCCACCCUUCAUAUCAGCAGAGAAAUAAAAACCUUAACCAAGGUUUGAACUUUGGUGGUGUGUCAGUCAAUCUAUGGAUUUUUUUUCUACAGUAGCUGGAGCUCAAACUGAAAAGAGCAAGGAAUUGACGGGUUGAUUAAUGUUUAGGGUGAACCCUUGGUACUUCUCAUGCAAUGGCGUGUAGUUGCCACCCUUGGUUUGGAAAGCAAAAGAAGAUUGGGAGGGAAAGAAAACUAAGGCCAGUGGAGUGGUACAUUGUUAACCUAAACAAGAUGCCCUGAGAAAGCAAGUGUACUGUAAGCUACAAAGAAAUCUCUUCAACCCUUUAAGCCCUAAGAGUGAUCAGCAUCAAAUUUCUCCUUGUAAACACGAUGCUUUGUAAAACAGAGUGGUCAUGAGAAUUAUGCACAUGAUCACACAAGAUGAAUUUCCUAGAUAUUUUAUCAACUUCUCCCCACUACUUAUGAAGAAAAUAAAUAGGGGCAACAAAUGAGAAUUCAAAUGUUGAUCUUAGGGUUUAAAGGGUUUUUAAAAAGCUCUGUAUGAUGGAUCCCCUCCCCUUAAAUGGACACCUAGAGUUGGUCCCUGCUGUUGUUUGUUCAUGAAUAUUAUAAGGCGAACAAAUCUACUAGAUGGAUGCUUAGUGCUAGUGUCUUAAAGAGAGUAAUAUUGUAUUCCUUAGCCAUUAAUAACAGCCCUGAUAGUUCACAUGCAAAUUAUGUCAAAUGAGAGGAUGCUUGCAGUAUUAACGGCUGAGAAGUAGAAACCACUACAAUAAGCAAUUCAAAACACAACAAAAAAAUUGAAGGGUAAUAGUAAUAAUAUUACAGUAACUGUUAGUCAAGAGACACUCUACAUGCAACACACUUAAGCUUUUUUAUUAUAAAUUAUUAUGCGUCAACUAAAAUGCAAUGUUAUAUAAGUUCCACUUAAGCUCUCUGGGUGAAAAAGCUAAUGACUCAAGGGAACACAGCAUAAAUACCGCAAACUAUGAAUUGACAAAACUAGUACUCACAAUGAUGUACUCUUAAAUGAGGAGUCAAAAACCAUAAUUGGGUUGUUCCAGAAAAAAUCCACACCCCCCCGACGGAUGGGAUUCUGGAAAUUCUCGCGGGAGGGGGGGUCGAAGACUCCGGAAAUCCAGGCGGGAGGGGGGGUUGACCUUAAAAAAGUCUUCUGCGGGGGUCAUUUCGACCGAUAGUUGAUACAAAUCAAACGUUUAGUUCGAUGACACUUAGGCGCUUUCAGACCCUGAAAAUAGUCAAAAUGUUUUGUUCAUAUAUUUCUCACCUGACAUAAAUGAUAAUCUAAGUUGCUUUACAGGUCCUU